AUGGAAAGUCCCGUUAAACAAUCGCUGCCCACGUGCUGCUCCUCCCACGUCAGCAGAGUUUGUUCUCGACCUCUGGGCACUUUGACUCAUCUCUUGGGAGGGUUUGUGUUCAGCCCGCUUAGUAGUCCCCUGAGCCUCAUACGCGCGCCAGAGCCUGGCUUGGAGCUAGAGGACUUUCUGGCACACACCCGACAGCUAGAGGUCGUGCAGGCUCCAGAGCUAGCGCUGAACCCAGGGCCACCUCUAGGUUUAGAGCUAGUGCCAGCCAAGAACGGGAGCCAGCUCUAUCACAUGACCCAAAGUCAGCUCUGGAGUGAGAACAAGUUCCGACAUCAGCUCAUGGGAAAGCCCCCGAACUCCGGCACAGAGGCAGCUCUGUCCUCGGUUCCUGGGCCGGAUUCCACGCCUGCCGGGGGGGCCAGCGUCUGCCCUGACAACGAUUCCAGAGGCGGGCCCAGUGCCGGCUCCACCACCAGGCUGAGUGCGUCACGGAGCGAGAGGCAGGACUGGCGAUGCAGCCAGAGGCACAGAAAUCAGCCCCAAGCCCGGACGGGCGUCAGGGCCAGGGACAGCCCCGCGCCAGCCCCACUCCAGCACCAGGGACAGCUCCCGCAUCCGGGCCACACCCGCGGCGGCUCGGCACCGUGA